AUGGAUCAGCAACAGCACCAGGAGCGGCCGCGGGAGGUGUACCGGGAGUGCAUGCGCAACCACGCGGCGAAGCUCGGGACAUACGCUUCCGACGGAUGCUGCGAGUACACCCCCGACGACGGCCAGCCCGCAGCGAUGCUCUGCGCCGCCUGCGGCUGCCACCGCAACUUCCACCGGAAGGCGUUCCUGGACGCCGCGGCGGGGGCGCACGGCGGCGGCGGCGGCGGCGCGCACGGCGCAAUGCUGCCCUCCCACGGCGUGUCCCCGGGCUACGGCAUGCACCACAUGGCGAUUACCAUGGGCGGUGACGCCGGCGGCGCGCACGGCGGCUCCGGGGACAGCAGGCGCCGGACGCGGACCAAGUUCACGGAGGAGCAGAAGGAGCGCAUGGCGCGGUUCGCGGAGCGGCUCGGCUGGCGGAUGCCCAAGCGGGAGCCCGGCCGCGCGCCGGGGGACGACGAGGUGGGCCGCUUCUGCCGGGAGAUCGGGGUCGCCAGGCAGGUCUUCAAGGUAUGGAUGCACAACCACAAGGCUGGUGGUGGCGGCAGCGGGGGCGCGGGCGUCGGUGGAGCCGCGCAGACUUCGUCGUCCACGACGCGUGGCGGCGGCGGCGGCGGUGGCGUUGUUGGAGGAGGCGGGAGCAUGUCUCCGGCGAUGGGCACCGAUAUCGAGGACGACGAGGAGGUGAGGGGCAGCGAGAUGUGCAUGUAG